UGUUUUUAUUGGACUUCUCCACUAUCCUCUUUCUGGGUUCACAAAAAAUGGUUGGAUGCAAUAGAAACGAAGACUACGCAGUACGCACUCCAUAGCAACGCUGAAGCAGUAAAUGGCAAUUGUUCUUUCCUCUUUCCUCUACACUUGCCUUUCUCCUCCUCGAAACCUAAGGAUAGAUUCAAACUAUGGAAAAAGUUCAAACUUCUCCACCCUGACGAAGCUCGACAGACCAACUCUCAUUUGCCAUUCUUCCAAGAAGAAAAUCAGUUUCAUGGAUCAAAUUCUCGAUUACAUAGAAGGAGGACCCAAGUUACGUAAGUGGUAUGGGGCACCGGAUCAACUACCGAAAGAUGGGGCUCUAACAAAUGAGGGGGAUGAAUAUGCAGCAGAAGAAGAAGCAAUGAGAGAUGCAGUUUUGGUAACAGAUGGAGAUAGCGAGAUGGGUCAGAUGAUAAUAUUGUCAUUGAUAGUCAAACGAACUCGAGUGAAAGCACUAGUGAAAGAUAAGCGUGCCGCUGCUGAAGCCUUUGGAACUUAUGUUGAGUCAAUAGCCGGAGAUGCAAGUGAUAGGUCAAUCCUGAAAAAGGCUCUAAGGGGUGUUCGUGCAAUAAUAUGCCCAAAUGAAGGGUUCUUUUCUGACAAGGAGAGCUUUAAAGGGCUACAACAUAUAGUACUUUUAUCUCAGUUGGCUGCUUAUAGGGGCAGCAGUGAUGUUCUAGCUCUGAUGAUUGGCAACAAGAGAAAAUUGGCUGAGCAAGAUGAAUCAAUGGUGAUUGCUUCAGGGAUCCCAUACACCAUCAUCAGAGCUGGAUUGUUAGAAAAUACUCCAGGUGGAAACCAAGGUUUCUGCUUUAAAGAGGGUAGUGCAGCACAAGAAAGACUGAGCAAGGAGGAUGCUGCCUUUAUUUGUGUGGAGGCACUUGAUACGGUGCCACAGAGAGGAAUUGUCUUUGAGGUGCUUUGUGACACUAGGUGGUGAACGGGGAAGAGAAGGUGCCAGACUGGAAAGAAUUCUUUGCUACUUUGGCUGAGAAGGCAGAGCAGCAGCAGCCUCAGUGAUAUCUCAAUUCUCAACAACAUAACAAGUGAGACAGAUUACAAUUCUUCUAAGUUUUGGCUCCGCUUGUCUCUUGGUGAAAUGUUUACAUGAGAAAAACAAAUGCUAGCCAUUUGUUUAUAUGAAGACUUGGACUCCAAUGGUGCUUCUAUUCCAAAUUUCAGAGUUUACCAAACAAUUCAUUCCAGUCAUGCAUGCCUUUAUAGGGAAACUUCUCACAACAUUAUCAAUAUUCAUCAGAUUUCACUCA